UUAUAUAUUUUUGGCAUAUCACAGCACGCAAAACAACAGUGUUUAAAGAGAAGAAGAUACAAUUCAAUACAGAAUGAACUGACACUCUUCCGUACACUUCCAACUUCCCCACCCCUACCGCCCCUUUCAACCACCACCACCACCGCAGCCGCCGCCGUUUCCCCUCAUCCUUCCGCCUAAUUCCCAAAAUUUAUUAUUCCUAAACUCUCUGUUUCAAUUUUCAUUACUCUCAUUAUUACAGCAGCAUCCAAAUCAAAAAAAAAAACCCAAUUAAUCUCAUUCGCAUCGUUGAUUUCUUUCAAAAAUCUUACAAAUUUCAUAUUCGAAUCUAUUAUAUUAUUAUUUGUACGAUUUGGGUUUGCUUCAAUUUCGAGACUGCCUCUCGCUAACAGGGGCUUUUGACAUCUGUUUCGUGUAUGUAUACUGUAGUCACCUAGCUCUUCUGCUGGAGAAAGCCAUAUAUAUGAGACAGCCUUUGCUAUUGGCCAAAAGUUUGAGUAUUUAAGCAUACAUUGGUGUCAAUUAGCACAGCUCCAUUGUCUGGCUGCCGAACAUAUACAUUUAGUGACUUCAUUUUUGCAAGAGAUAGCUCUGCUCUACCCAAUUUUGCAGAUUCUUGUAAUGUACUUGCUAAAUUCCGUGUGUUGACACCUGUGGAGGUGCUUCACUGUUCAUAUGUGCUGGACCAGUUCUUCAUUGCUUUCAUGUAUUUAUUAACAAAUAGCUUCUGCCGAAAUGGUGUUCCAUAGAGUAGUGGAUUUUAUUUCUGCCGCAACAAGCCGUUUGCCAACUUCGAAGGCUUCUUCUGCUCAGUAUAUAUCAACUGGAUCAUCUCCGCCUCCAGGAGAUAUCAUUGGUUAUGAAUUUAAUAAUGCUUCUGGUCAGAAGAAUAAUUUGAGACUUUCUUCAUCUCUUCAAGAUUUCUCAUCAUAUCGAAGACUUGAUCUUGAAGGAGGUGAUUAUAAUGUGGGAAGUGAUAGGAAGCCACCUCUUUUGCAGAGAGAAAAAGCUGGAGCAAGUUUCUCAAAGGAGAAAGCAUUGCCUGCUGGAACCCCAUUCUUUCAGAGGAAGUGGGUGCGGUUUGUCAUGAUUAUCUUAUGCUUGCUACUGCUUGCUUUUCUAAUUUAUUUUACUACAACAUUUGUUAGUUCAUAUUUGUCUCAAGGAGUUCCCAAGUUCUAUGUUGUUCUUGAUUGUGGAAGUACUGGAACUCGAAUUUAUGUAUAUCGAGCAUCAAUUGAGCAAAAUAAAGAUGGUAAUAUCCCCAUUGCUCUUAAAUCAUUUACUGAGGGUAUUUCAAGAAAGUCAAGUGGACAUGCAUAUGACAGAAUGGAAACUGAGCCUGGGCUACACACAUUGGUUCGGAAUAUAUCUGGCUUAAAGUCUGCUAUAAAUCCACUGAUUAGGUGGGCUGAGGGACAAAUACCUGGGCAUGCACAUAAGACUACCUCUCUAUUUCUUUAUGCUACAGCUGGGGUUCGCAGGCUGCCAGCUGCUGAUUCAAAAUGGCUUCUAAACCAUGCAUAUUCCAUACUGAAGAAUUCACCUUUUUUUUGCCAGAGAGGAUGGGUCAAGGUUAUCAGUGGAAUGGAUGAAGCGUACUAUGGAUGGAUAGCGCUUAACUAUCAAAAACGUGUGUUAGGAAAUAGUCCUAAAAAGACAACAUUUGGUGCCCUUGAUAUGGGUGGUUCAUCAUUGCAAGUAACAUUUGAGAGCAAGAAACAUGGGCAUAAUGAGACUGAUUUAGACCUUAGAAUUGGAUCUGCCCGUCAUCACCUCACUGCGUAUUCUCUUGCAGGCUAUGGCUUAAAUGAUGCAUUUGACAAGUCGGUGGUUCAAAUUUUGAAAAAACUUCCUGAUAAAGAUUUAGUAAAGGGUGGGAAAGUAGAAAUUAAGCACCCUUGUUUGCAGUCUGGCUACAAGGAGAAAUACAUCUGUUCUCAGUGUGUAUCUAAUGGACAAGGUUCAAAUUCUAUAAAAGUAGGAAAGAAUUUUGGUAAGGGACUCAAGUCGGGAGUCCCUGUGCAGCUCAUAGGUGCUCCAAAUUGGGAAGAAUGCAGUGCACUUGCUAAAGUUGCCAUUAAUUUUUCUGAAUGGUCUAAUCAUAGUGCGCCACUUGAUUGCGACGUGCAACCUUGUGCUCUAGCUGAGAAUAUUCCGCGCCCUUAUGGCCAGUUCUAUGCCAUGUCUGGAUUUUUUGUUGUUUAUCGAUUCUUUAAUCUGACUCCAGAAGCUACACUUGAUGAUGUCCUUGAGAAGGGGCAAGAAUUCUGCGAACAGACAUGGGAAGUUGCAAAAAUCAGUGUUCCUCCUCAGCCUUUUAUUGAACAAUACUGCUUUCGGGCACCAUACAUAGUGUUAUUGUUGCGAGAGGGUUUACACAUCAGAGACGACCAAAUUCGUAUUGGCUCUGGAGGUAUUACUUGGACUCUUGGGGUCGCUCUCUUUGAAGCUGGGAAGGCUUUUUCACCAAGAUUGAGGCUUCCUAGUUAUGAAAUACUUCAAAUGAAUAUUCAUCCCACAGUUUUUAUUAUUGUUCUGGUUACUUCACUGAUUCUACUUAUUUGUGCCUUAUCAUGUGCUGGAAAUUGUGUGCCAAGAUUUUGUCGUAGACCAUAUCUUCCACUUUUCAGGCAUAACAGUGCUUCUGCUGCAUCAGUACUAAGUCUCCCUUCUCCUUUCCGGUUCCAACGUUGGAGCCCUAUAAAUUCUGGGGAUGGAAGAGUCAAGAUGCCACUGAGUCCAAUUGCUAGUGUCCAACAAGGACCAUUUGGCUUGGCACAUGAUCUAAACAGCGGUGGCAUCCAGCUCAUGGAAUCUUCUUUAUACUCAUCAACGGGUGGCGUAUCCCAUAGUUAUUCCUCCAGUAACUUAGGACAGAUGAUGGAAAGUAAUAGCAUGGGUUCGUUCUGGUCACCUCACAGAAGUCAGAUGCGUCUUCAAAGCAGGAGAUCACAAUCUCGGGAAGAUCUUACUUCUUCUGUAGCUGAGGCACACAUGACAAAGGUUUAGGGAAUAACUUUCUUGUAAGUUAUUGUAUGGUUGCUUCUUUCUUUUCAGACGCACAUCUUUUGCACAGAAAAGGCUGCGAUAUCGUUUUGGGAAAAAUGGGGGUGGGUUGGGGAGAGUUGAGGGGUGGGAUCCGGGGAGGACUGAUAUUGGUUAGAAAUCUUUUACCAGUCCUUUUAUUUAACUAGGCAAUUUUUAAGUAGGAUGCUCUUUUGGGGGAGAAUUGAAUUACUUAAUGCUCAAUUUUUUCGUAGAAUUUUCAAAGAUGAGAAUACUUGUAUAGGGGAGGUCAGAUUUAUCGGUUUUUAAUUCACAUCAGCAUAAUGAUUUGUAUACUGCAUGAUAAGCAACUUUAUCAGCAUUAGUGAUUGAUUCACUUAUGUGCAAUUUUGGUUUUUGGGUCUCA